ACAACGCAAAACUUUUCUUGAAAUACUUAGAGAACAUUGCGAAGAAACAAGAAAUCCUAUUCGGCUUCUGAGAGGAAGAAGAACGAAGAACACAACUUCUACCGCUGGUAAAAGCACGACUUCAACAUCGGGAAACCACCACAGUACAUAUCUCUCUCCCGAACAAGCACCAGCCACUGGAGCCCUACAACGACACGCCAUCAUGCUGUACUUGUACUUUCGCCACCUCUACUCCCCGCGCGGAGGCGGAAGAGCGCCCCUGCGCUGGGUUUCCGUAUCUCUCCUGUUUCUGGACGAACUGCUGAACAACCGGGCCUGCGCCUUCGCCCUUGACACGACAAAAAAACGGAUCAAGCGUGUAUCACUUUCAAAAAAACUACCUGCUCCACAGCGACCACGCCGAGUCGUGCGCAGUACAUGAUUGGCAUAUUAAGUACAUUAGCUUUUGGCUCCUGGUGAAAUAAACGUGUUUUUGUAACGUCGAAGCAGAUCGUGGUGCUGGAGCACGGAAGGAUAGCUGCAAAGCAGUAAAAAUAUAUCUGCAAAAGCAAAAGGAGCGCGCAGGCCGCACGUAGGGCUCUUGUUGGCUUUAUACCUUCAGAACAGCAUGCAUUUUCACCACCGUGUCAUCUUCGUUCCACUCCUUGAUGAAUCAGGCCUGCUUUCUUGGUACGGCAAGAAUUAUUGGCACUUGCAAAAGAACCGAUUGGAGUCUGGGUAUUUUUGGUUUGCAUAGUGCAAUCGGUACAAGUUUAUGGCGCCGAAUGAGCCGCUCGACGAAAACGAAUUGGAGGCACAAGGAAACGAAGCCGAUGCGGGCAACUCGCAGCGCGGCGACGCCGACGCGGCUGGACCAGGAGCUGCCGCCGCCGCUUUGUCAUCGCCUCUUGCCGACGAGGAAGAUAGAACAAAAUCGAAAGGCGCCUCCUUUCUGCAAAAGGCAGACCCACAUUUGGUGGAAGAAGGCGCGUCUUUUUUGGAACAGCUCUGGAGUCAUGGUAUCGGAGUAAAAAUGAGAAAAUUGUGCUAGUAGUAUGUCGUAGAUCAUGAUUAUGGUUUGAUGCCUUCUUUUUUUUGCAGCAGCCAGAGCUGCGUCGAUGUAAAUUCACAGCUGCGUGUUUUAUACUACGUACCUCUGAUACUGCAACUGCAACUCUUUACUCUAGAGAAGUAGACGAGAGGCAAGCUGGAAUUUCGUUUUCGGCCCUACUGAGACGAACAGGAGACGAUUGUUGCUGUUCAUCACUUGUAGCGGUCAUCCCCCGUAAUUCACCUUGUCACAAGUAGAAAUACAAAUAGUUAGCCCCGAUGUCGAGUACGAGUCAGUUAUGCUGUCGUAAAUGAAUUACAAUUACUACAGCUACGCUCGGAGCGGACCUGCAGUUCCCCGAUUGGAUGUACUUACCGGAUCCGGAAUCGAUCGUCUACUACAAUGGCAACCAGGAGAAGCAAGCGCAGAAUGGAAGUACUGAUAUGCCAUGGAAAGCAAUGCUUCAGUUGUUUCAGUCAUGUUGUUUCGUGUUGCAUGGCUUUCUGCAGACAGAGAUAAUUUCAUCAAGCGACGUUUUGAUUCUUCAAGUAUCUCAUCGCUUUUGCUAUUGGUGAAGAGACAACAUGACAGUAGUUUUUUUGCAUUAUGUGAUCGUUCAGAAAGCUGAAGAGAGCUAAACGUAAUUAUGAAAUUGCAACAAACAACGAAAAAUUGCUUUUCGUUGUAUACGUAGAGAUGAAGGCGCUUGGCAUUGGCUACAAAAUUUUAGCGCAAUGACCGACACGUUGAUGGAUACGCUUCAAGGUGAACACGUGGCAGUUGUUCAGACAGCCGAAGAAGUGAAAGGUGGCGGAAGUAGUGCAUAUGAAAAUGAUCAUAAAACAAUCCGGAGUCUUUCUCGGGCCACUAACACUAUCAGCGGCACUCCCAAGAAGGAAGCUUUGGGCGCGACCUCCUUUCUCGAGGCGGUCACAGGUACACCAGAGUCGAACAUUGCUGAUGACGGAAAAAGCGGUCCAGAAACACAUGAAGCUGAUGAAGAUCACGUUCAGGAUCGUCUUGCUGAUGAUCAGGAGGAGGAUCAUGAGCAGAGCAAGCUGAAGGGCGUGUCACAGUCAAUGAGCGGGGAAGGUCCUCCGGAUGACGUGGGCGAGCACGAGAGAGACGUGCAUGGUGAUACUAAAACAUCAGCUCCUGCAGCACUUGCAGGCAAUAUACUUCCUGGAGCGACGAGCAGCUCGAAAUCGCCAAAACCAAGAUCCCAUAUCGACCCUGACUCCCAGUUCUACGGGCGUCCGCAAGUUUUCUCGGACGAGCCCGCAAGCACAGAGACGGACAAAUCCCUGCAGCCGUCCGAUUUUUCUGUCGUUGUCGUCAACCCGAACCCAUUUCAACCGGAGUUAUUACCGACCAGGCUGUACAAUGCAGAGGCCAGAUUCGAAAUUGACGGUUACGUCAAUCGGGCCACGACAGCGGGAAAUUUUCACUUUGAAGGGGACGAGACCCCGGCUCAUGUUGCAAAAAAACACAAGUGUAUAUGUGCAGGUGUAGUGCCGAUACGAUUGGAAAAAAACGAAUCCGAGAAUUAGUGGCUGCUUUGCAACUGUGCCUGUUUUGCCGCUGGUGAUGUUUCGGUGUUGCUUUAGCUUUUUACCAUUAAGAUCUAUAUGUUUGUCUUUGUACAUGUGUUAUGUUUUUCUUCGUACAUGCUAAUAAAUCUUCCUGCAAUUAUAAUAUGUAGUUGAUUGCAUUGAUGUUUGCUGAUGGUGAUGGAUUGUGCCGUCGUGCUCUUCUUGCAGUGAGCAAAGCGAAUUUUUGCUUUUGCACGUCGUCAAACAGCCUCUUUAUCCUCGUUUCAUACUAUCACGCGCCAGGAGCAGGAAAGAAUCAGCGCUGGUCAAGCUCAAGGAUAAAGUCGCAGGAGGGGAAAGAGGGUGCAACCGCGGGUGCCACCGAGAAGCUUUUGGAUUACAAAAUCGUGCGCAAUGGAGAGGAAAAAGCCACUGACGAUUUUGUUUUUGAUGUAUUCGAUGAUGUUGACAAGCUCGUAGAUGCAAGGUACAAGAAACCUUACGAAAAUGGAUACUUCAAUGCUGGACAUUAUUCUGAUCGCGCCACGGCCGAAACGAAGGUUGUAACUGUGAGUAGACAGAGGCAUACAAAAAACAAGCGCGGCUGCCAUCAUUGGGACCUUACGAAAAAGACACACGAACCACUCACCAAUUGGAUUCAAGGAUUCGGCCAAGAAAACGUGGCGCCCGGCAAAACGUACUUUUUGCUGAGCACGAACAAUAUCGAGUCUUCUUCAAGACCACGCGUCAUACAGUUUCACGAACACUUUUCUAGCCAAGGUGAGCAGAAAAGAGAGGAGCCUGCGUCUCCGUCAAACGGGAAUGAAGAUGCAGGUGAGCUAUACCUCGUCUCGCUGCAGCACAUGGGAGGGCGUCGGAAACCGCUAGACCGCGACAAAAACGAGGAUUUUCAUGUCGUUGAUGAUUACACGAAAAAGUUCCACCGUGUCGCCUGGGCGUUCCCAGCACCGUGCCCGGAAAUUCCGCUGAACAAGCCGUGUCAACUGCAAGAAUUCUCCGAGGAUGGUUUCGUUCCUGAAGUCUUUUACGAUUUUGACCAGCCUGCAGUUGCGGUCGAGAGAUCAGAGCUAGUGCUUCAUGAGCACGCAACGAUGUCGCCGGCGAAGAAGCCAGUCUCGGAGGAGGCGACGAAGGGCUCACGCAGUGGCGGCGAGAACGAAAGGGGUUUGCCGAAGAAGAGCGAAUUGCUGCAGAUACAGAUGCAGCAACAGGGGUUGGCAUCUGUAGCCGAGAGAAAGAAAAAUGAGUGGAAAAACUGGAUUUCCUCUUUGCCCGCCUCACUCGGAAGUUCUUGAAUAGUCGCUGUGCUUUUGAGUUCUUUUAGGCUCCAGGAGGCAACGAGGGUACAGAAUGAUCAGAGCGCGGAGGUUUUUUGUCUCGCUGCUGCUGGGGCGAAAAUCUAAAUCGUCGUUGUAGCAACUAGCUUAGUAAGGUAGCGCAAUAAAAACUACAAAGGCAACAUCAAAUGUUCAUUCGCAUGAUGAGUAUUCCCUUCGUGUGUAAAAGUUUUUGAUGUGUCACUUCUUCCCCCAGUGAAGCAACACUUACAAGCCCAAGUAUUGCUUUAUUUGUUUUUCUGUUUUGUUACUUAUGUUUUCAUGUACAAUUCCAAUUCGAAUUCUGGAGGAGAAGCCAGACCCAGAGCCACAGUCAGCUUUCAGAAGCUGUGCUUUCUCUUCGCCGGUCCAACCUGGAACAGCUUCUGUGGCUUGAGCCUGGGAGCACACGAAGUCCGCGCGUUCCCAGGUGCAGAUGAAUGAAAACCGAUUCGCAAACCAUCACUAUCCGCAUUGACUGUUAUUUUAUCUAUUUUAUCUUGAUCUUCGUUGUUCUUUCUUUAUUUUUAUCUAAUUGCGAUUUUUUUAUAUUUAAUACUUUUUCUUUUUUGUUUUCCUUUGUGCUCCCGAAGCCGAAACCCAAUCAAGCGGCAUUCACGAUCACGCGUUCUUUGUGUUUGAAAAAAGAGACGAGAAAGUGAACACAUGCACAAAAUUAAAAAAACUCAAAAUAAGUAAACCAAACGCACGCCCCCGUGAGUUAAGCUUUCGCUUCCCGCCAAGUCAGCAGUGCCGUAUUUAAUCGUUCCCAGUUCUUCAAACCCUCCUUUUUGAAGUCCUCGUCGAAUGCACACAUAAAAAAUUAUAAUAUAAACAUCAAAAAAAAAAGACAAC